AUGUACUGCACCAAAGCUUCUUCUCAGCCGUGGGGCAUCCCUGCUACCAAUGGCCUCUUCUCCGCCAACGAGGCCUCCACUUGGCCAUCCGGAAUCUCGAAGUUGCAAUUCGAGAAGGAGAUUUUGGAGAACGGUCUCGCCAACUGUGUUACCUAUUUACAAGUUCUGCGCAAGAAGCAAGCUCGAACCGAACUGCGAUUGGUCACGAACCCCUCACUAUCCCGGAAGAAGAGGAAAAAGAUGCAACAGAGCAGGCGUGAGUUGGAGAAAGAGAUCAAGGACCGAGAGCGAGACGAGCAGGCUUUUCUCAACAAUCUCCAGGCUUGCAAAGCAAACAUCUACAUCGCCGAGACCGUCUCAUUGCCAGCUACAGCCAUCUCGUCGACAGUACCGGACGUUGCUUCAACCUCGACGCGAUACUCAUACACAGAAGACGCGCAGACCGAGCCUACAGAGAUAGGCUGGAACGGCUGGAUGGGUGAGACGGUACUCUCACCCUUUCAAAAGGAGAGCAACAACCCUUUCUUCACGGACAAUGUCGCUCCGGAUGAGUGUUCAGAAACUGGUAAAAUUGGUGGAAAUAUACUGGAAAAAUCCAAACAAUCCCUUUCCUUUCCGCGCUUCGAGGAUGUCGAAACUAGACCGCGGGUAUCGCCCAACACACAGACGCAUGCCUUGUUGAACGCCGAGGCUGCAGUCUUUCAGCCUCAACUCAUACACACAGGUCAAGGCGAUGCUAUCGAUCAACAGGUAGCCCAACUCCAUCUCUCUCUAUCGAUGGCGAUCACUACUUUGAAGAUAGAAGCGCUGGAGCUCCUGGAGAGAGGUCUUGUUGGUGACACGGGCAUUGUUCCAGCACAACAACAAAUUUCUCUUGCAAGUUUUGAUAAAGAGGCUAGCAUCCAGACUGGGGCCAAACCUACAACACAGCAAAGCCCGAAAAAGGUCACCAUAGCUAGGAAUCUCAAGAUUAGGACAAGCUCUCUAUGA